UUCCCCCCACACACUUGGUAUUUUUUUCCGCUUUCUCUAAAACUGUCGAGAACCCUAGCUAAUGACUUCAGCAGCUCAUUCACCUCAACUGUCGACCUCAUCGUUCUCCAAGCUGACCUGCGUCGAGUCCCCGUCCUCCUUCUCCAAGCUGACGUGCUCCAAGUCCCUCUCCGACCCAAGCCGACUGGAGCCGCCUCCGACCUAACCCCAAGUCCUCGACCUCGCUCUCUGACCCCGUGUUCCCCUGCCUCGCUCUCUCACCCCGAGUUCCCGAUCUCGUUCUCCAUACCUCGAGCUUGAGACCCGAUCUAACCUCGAGCUUAUCAGCGGACCUGAGCUUGUCAUUCUCCAACUUGAGCCAGCUCUAGCUAGUUCUCCAACGUCUAGUCUCUUCUUGCACAUGUUGGCCGUCAAUCUGCAGAGGAAGAUCCUAGAUUGGAACAUGAACUGUGUAGCAACAACUGCGAGAGCUUUUGUGACUGUGAAAGCCUCCAACCCCAAUUUCAGAACUUUCCUUCUUCCUCUUCACUCUCGCAGGUCCCUGUGUCGUGUUAGCGCUACAAACAAUGAAGAGGCUGCUGCCAAGGUAGCUGCAGCAAAUGCUGACAGAGGAGCUCCAACAAUAUUUGACAAGAUCAUAGCAAAGGAAAUCCCAUCGACCAUUGUAUACGAGGAUGAUAAGGUCCUGGCAUUUCGGGAUAUCAACCCACAGGCUCCUGUGCAUGUUGUUAUCAUCCCAAAGAAUAGGGAUGGGUUAACAGAGCUGGGAAAGGCUGAAUCUAGGCAUGUGGAAAUAUUGGGUCAACUUCUAUAUGCUGCAAAAAAAGUUGCUGAGAAAGAAGGUAUUCUUCACGGGCAGAGCAAAUACAAAAGACAGAGCAAAUACGAUGGGUAUGUGGCAUGGUUCUUAUGAUAAAUUGGAUAAUGAUUUGCACAUCCUGUUAUAUUACAAGACUACUGGGAGAAGCGGAGGAUUUGGGUUUGCGACCAUGUCUAGUGAUCAGGAAGUAGAAGCAGCUGCUCGAUAGUUUAAUAGCUAUGUAAGUCACCAUAUUAUAUCAUUUGUUUGUAUAUAUGCGAAAAUUUGAAACAAAUUCUAGAUAUGAGAUAGUUGGAUUAGUGUAAAAUUGAGUUAACAUUUCCAGGUGGUGAAACAUUUGAGUUAAUAUUUCUAGUCAGAGUAAAAUUGCACUGAGUUUCUUUUCAGAUUGCUUAAUUUGGAAGCGUAAUUGGUUCAUACAAGAGAAGAGCUGUAAGAUACUUGCUUUAAUUUGUGCGUAUUUAGUAGUCGGGGGACUCUGUAUGGUCAUUUUGUAUUCUUCUGAUGUUAAAUAACCAUUGAGAAAUGGUGGGAGUGAAUGACCUAUUGGUUAUUGGGCCAGGAGUACUUGGGCAUUUAGUUGCAAAGAAAUGGCGGGAGGUACUUAUCUUUGUCUACAUUUUGAUUAGUUUUAGUGACAAAAUAGUCAAAUUUAGUUCAAUUCUGUAAUGGUUAAGCAAUUGAGCUUAUAGGAGCAUACGGGUUGUGAAAUAUAUGGGCAAACGGUGAUCGUUGGUCACCAUGAGGAGUUGAUCGAGGUGGUAUUAAUUCAUGUUUGAAGGGGGACCAUAAAUUUCCUAAUGUCAUUUUCUGUGCUCCACCAUCUAGAACCUCCGAUUAUCCCAAUGAUGUUUGGUGAGUAUGUGAGUUGUUUUGAGUUAAUUGAAUUGAAAUGUAUGUGGAAGCCAAUCUUUGUUUCUUUUUACUAGAUUUUUAACAUGCUUUAGAAUGCUAUAUAUGCACCAUGCUGCAUGUCUUCUCAGUUAUCUUUUCUUUGUUAGAAUCUAUCCGAAACUUUGUGGUCUGGAGGUAGAUUUGAAUCAAUUACCCCACAUGAAAAUAUUCAAUUCAGUUUCAACCAUUUGAACCUUUGGGCAUUUCUAUAGGUUUGAUUGCUUAAAGCUCUUCAUAUCUACUGCAUAUAUUGCAAGCCCCCUCAACUUGUCCUUGGCAUGUCUACGUAAGUUAAUCCUUCAGUUAUCAUUUUCUUUUUUAAAACCUACCCGAAAGUUUGCUAUCCAAGAUAUAGUUUUGAUUAAUAAUAAACUUGCAUAUAUAUUAUAUUCUAUUCAGUUUCAACAAUUUCAACCUUUGUGGGUUGUUGUAUUGUGCUCUUGUAUUCCUAUCAGUUUUAUAGUAUAUGAGAUAUUAAGAUCUUGUUGGCUGGCACAGAGGUGACUAAUUAGUUUUCUUUAUGGACUCCACAAUUUUAGGGUAUUCAUGCCCUUUGAUUGUUGUUCUAUGCAUUCUUUUUUUCAGACCUAACACGAUAAUAUUAAUUUUGUGUCUUUUCAUGAGGCCUGAUUAUUCCACUGAACUGGUUAGCCUUGCUUGUAGGAGCCUUUCAGCAAUUGCAUCAUCAACAGGUGAGUGAUCCUAGACUUUCUAUUUGCAGUCGGUUCUAUUAUAGGGUGGCACUACAGAUUCAUGGAGGAUGCAGUGGAAUUGGCAUAUUUGCUAUUCAUAUGGCUAAGUACCAGGGAGCAACUGUAUCUGCAAUAGCAGGUACUGAUGCAAAGAUAGCUAGGCGGUAAAGGAUCGGAAAGGGUAUACCCAACAACAACUUGACGAGGUCCGCAUUGAAGUAGCCGACUACUUACAGACUCUGCUGUAGGUUCUGACCAGUUACUUGAUUUUGAGUUAGGCUAGCUUUUAAUUAACUUUUUUGUAGCAAUUAUGAACAAACAUGAAUACUAAUUGCUAGGCUAGCCUUGUAGUAUAUAGGUGCAUGAAAUGGGGUUUUAUUUUGCCCAUUUUGUAAACUGUUAAGGAUGAUGAAUGUCGGAUAUAAUACCCCAAUUUGCAAUUUAUAAUCACAGUUCUAUUUUGUGGA